AUGCAGCUCGCAGGACUUGAAGACGGAUAUUAUAACAAGACCUUGAAGCCUCACAUAAACAUAUCUGUGUUCGGAUUUCUACGUCUGCAAAUUUUGGGAGACUUGAUCGAGCUGGAAAGGAAAUUUAAAAGACCAAAAGACCUGAAGAAAUCCGGAUUCAGCUGCAGUGCAUUCAUUUUACCAAUUAAAGAUAUCAAUGAUAUUUAUGUGUCCCAUGUCACGUGGGCACCUUAUUCGACUAUGCUCAGGAUGCAAAAGCUUUAUAGGUUCAAGUUCCAUCUCGACAGAGGUACUGCUCUAGAAACGCCUAUUACCUCCACAUUUUCUUCUUAUCCGGGGACGCUUUGGUCAAUAGACGAUUUCUAUCUUCUUUCUUCAGGACUUGCGGUAACCGAAACAACGAUUGAUUGCCGAAACGAAUCGCUUCUGGAAUAUAUUCGGCCGGAAAACGCACUUCUCACUUGGAUUCGAACGACGUUGGCCAACAGAUUGGCUACCGACGGUUUACACUGGACGACGCUUUUUUCAAUGUUCAACUCUGGAACAUAUAACAACCAGUGGAUGAUUGUCAAUUACAAGGCGCUGAAAAGGGCCUGUAAAAAUAUGGCAGAUGCGCAGUGCAAAUCUCCACGAAAACAUAUAUUUUUUGUUUUGGAACAGUUACCAAACAGUAUUACCGUUGACGAUUUGACAUCCGUUCUGUAUUCGGAUUCCUACUGGCCGAGCUUCAAUCUGCCCUAUUUCCAAAGCAUUUAUAAUAUAAGUGGAAACCUGGAUCUGGUAAAGAAGUACGGCGACUUCUUUAGCUACGAAAAUUCACCGAGGCAUCGUAUGUUCAAAAGGGACUGGCAGAAAGUGCAAGACAUGAGUACCUUACUGAAACUUAUGAGGUAUAACCAGUACUACAACGACUCGCUGUCAGAAUGCGACUGUAAUCCAAAGCAUAAUGCCGAAUUGGCUAUCUCCAGCCGAGGCGAUCUGAAUCCGCCAAAUGGUACCUAUCCAUUUGAUGAAUUACACUGCCGCUCACAUGGUGGGACAGAUGUAAAGGUAAGCAUAAUCCAGUUGUAUGAUACAUGCUGCAACACCAAAUGA